UUUGGACUUUCGCAAGUUCGGUGCUGUUUCGUGGACGAGAUCGUUAAAAACUGCUGAAACUUUUUGUUUGUGGCUUUGGGGUUUUAGCGUCAAGGAUAAUCGGAAUCUGCAUGUGCAUAGACUCGGCGUUCUGCGGGAAAAUGCUAAAGAGGAGGCUGGAGAGCCAGUGCGUCAACGACUACAAGUCUAGGUAGCAAUAAGUCGGUGCGGCAAGUCGGAGAAGGUGCGAGAUGCAUCACAAAACGACGAUUCUUGUGGCGCCAGCUCUGCAAAAUAUUAGCUGUACGCACCCGAGGUACAGCCAAGCGAGCUUCCUGUCGAUGCUGGGGCCCGGUGAUGUGUUGCAGGCGUUCAUCGUGCUGAUGCUCACCGUCGGGGUCCUGGCGGCCAACGUGCUGCUCAUCCUCGUCAUCAACAGCAGGAGGUACUCCAAGUAUAUACAUUCGCAGCCGCGCUAUCUCCUGACGUCUCUGGCGAGCAACGAUCUGGCGAUGGGGUUGCUGGUCACCCCGUUUGCGGUCGUGCCGUCGCUGAGACACUGCUGGCCGUAUGGGGAAUUGGUUUGUCAGAUACAGGCUUUGCUCAGAGGUGCUAUAAGUCAACAGUCUGCAGUUAUCUUAAUAUGCAUGGCCAUGGAUAGGUAUCUCUGCAUGCUCCACCCCGCCAGAUAUCACAAACACUCGAGCAAAAAGGGGUGCGUCGCCAUCAUUAGUAUGACCUGGAUCAUGUCCGUGACGGUGUUCUCCAUCCUGGUGCUCCCGCGCGGCGGCUUCUACUUCAACCCCACGGGGAUGAUGGCCUGCGAGCCCUUCUACACCCGAGCGUCCAUCAGGAUUCUGGCGGCUUGUGGCUUCUACUUCCCCACGACCAUGAUCCUGAUGUACUGCUACGGGUCUGCUUUCCACGUCAACAAGCUGCGUUUGAGGAAGUCCGGUUGCAGCACCAUCGCCAGUCCGGACGACUACGGAGGGGCCAGCAUCGAGAAGGUGUCGAGAUUUGGGAGCGAAAUCGACUCAAGGGUAGAAGAACGUUUUAAACGCCGAUGCAGAGUCCCAAUUUCGCAGCUCGUGACCCAGGAAAGGCGGCUGAGCACGACAGCGUCCAGGACAAUGGCGGCGAUGUCCUUGGGAUUCAUCGUCCUUGUCACUCCGUGGACCAUCCAGGAAGUCGUUGCCGCCUGCACGGGAUCGAGAGCCCCCGCCGCUCUCGACUUCUUGGCGACUUGGCUGGCGUUAAGCAACAGCUUCUGGAAUCCCUUUCUGUAUUGGCUUUUGAAUAAUAAUUUUAGGAGGAUAAGUAGGGAACUUUUAUUUAGCAGAUUCUUUUGUAAGAAACCCAAAGAAUCGAAGCCCCACCUCCAGCAGCACUGCUGCAGCAACAGCAGCUCGGGGGUGCUCCACAACCAAGGCUGUGAUCUCGAAGGUCUGUCCGAGAAAUACUGGGGCGAAAUCCUGGAGAGGACCCUGUCGUCCAGCUCGCUCCAGGCCCUGCAGAGGGCCUACUCGCACUCCCGCAUGGAGAGAUGCAACGGCUUACAGGAAAUGAAAGUGUUCGAUACGGCAGUUCCGGAUUUAUGAAAGUUGGACAAGACCACGCAGACGUUUGACUUGAUGGCGCCGGACAGCAUGGGGAGCUCCUGCGAAACGGCCACUUUGUCGAAAUGAUGCUGCGUGGUCGAUAGGGCGCCGGUUUAGGGGAUGAUUGGGAUGUGCUGGGUGGAUUUGGUGCAAAGGCGGCGGAAUAACAAUUGAUAAAAGCGACAUGUGUUAUUGUUUUUGUUGGCACCAAAUUUUACUAAUUUGAGAUUGGUAGAUCGGUAUGAAGUGGCGUCUAACGUUUGGAGGAAGGUUGGCGCUGAUUGGUUGGCUCAAGGUCAGGUUUGAGGAGUGUCUCCGGGUGACUAGCUGGCUUGGUUGCAACGAUAGAGCGUUGUACAUAUCGAUGAAACAACAGAGAUGACUUUUUUGUCGACGUUUCAUGACUUCUGUAGUACGAAAAAUGUGGUCUGUCUGUCUGUCUGCCGUCUGUAUCAAUUUUUAACAAUUUUUCGUUUUCCAAUUUUUUUAUUUUUCCAUUUUUCAGUGUUCUGGCUUCAUAAUUUUCCGACUUUAACUUUUAAAUUUUUUAAUUUCCCAACUUCCAAAUUUUUGAAUUUUUUUUAUAAUUUUGAUUUUCUCUCUUUUGCCAGUUUUUCGUUUUUCCAUUUUUUUUAAUUUUUUUAAUGUUUCUUACGAUUUUAUAAUUUUUCGUUUAUUCAAUUCAUCAAACUUUCAAUUUUUUAUUUUUCAAUUCCUCGAUUUUCCGAUUUUUUAUUUGCUAUUUCGAUUUUACAAUACAUAUUUGGUUU